UCUUUGGGGUUAUCAGCAGAGAUCAUUGAGGGCAUCAGCAUUUACCACAGAGGAGCCUGUCCCUCACCACCAUCAGCCCCUUUCUUCAGUGGCCUGUUGGGUUCCAGUAUGCUGAAACUCAGCUCUGGCAUGGUGGGAUGUCCCUGAUCAAUGCAUCAGCCAUCUGACAGCUUCUCCUGCUCUGAUGUGCACCCGCAGCCCAAUGCAGGGUGAACCAUUUCUUCUGCUGUGUGUGUGCAAGCCUGAGCGCAGCUGCAGUGCGGAAGGGAAGGAUCCAGGCAGCAGAGGGCAGGAGGUUUAUUACAUAAGCAAAAGUCAUCAGGGAAUCGAGAUAUCCCCGCAAACACUCUGACAUCACACCCCGUUUCCCAAAUUCAGCACGUCCCUGUGCAGGGUGGGAAGUGAGUAACCGCAGCACCAUGACCUGUGUGGGACAACAUGGGAGUGACUCAUGGUGCAGCACUGAGAGCACACUGCAGCUUCCCCUCACCUUGUUCCCCCUGGCACCUCUCUUGUCCUGCAGUGGUCCCUCUCCUCUGCUACACAGGGACUGUGGCUGCCUCUAGGCUUGCGACAGCAGCCACAAUCCUGGGUUGAUCCCUUUCACCUUCUCCAACAGCGUGCUCCCCCUGGCAGCAGGCUGAAACCUGGAGCAGUUCAGCCAGACUUUCCAUGCAAACUUCUGUAGAAGGACGCAGACAUUUGGGACAGCCACAGACUUCACAGCACGGUAUCACGGAUCACUAGUGAUCCUUAAACCACAGUUUAUCCAUUGAUCCCAGUCACUUACCCCUUUCGAAUUAAGGGGUGGAAGAGAGGACCUGACGUUACGUGCAGGGAAUGGUUGCUAUUCCUGCUAUUCGAGAGUGGCCAUGAGUGCCUGAAUCACACAGCCCCGAGCUGCUGAGCAGUAAUGGUCACAUGAGGUGUGGGCUAUCAGGAAAAUUACCACGUUGCCUGUGUGCCUUGUAAUGAUUAUCUAAUCGUGGCGCUUUCCUGGUGACUACAGGAAGUGAAGGACGGUGCUAAGGUAGGUGCCAGGUGGAUCCAGUGUUUGAGUGUUUGAGUGAGAUAAACUAUGGGGCAGGUGGUUCCAGAGCUGGGCAACUCAAGAAGGGCACUGCUUAUAGAACUCUGAUGGUGUUUUCCUAUUCCAGCUCCUGUUUAAAGGCUUCUCCCUGUGCUCUGCCAUGCUAAGGUGCAUGGCUUCCCCCCAGAGAUUCUCCCCAAUGCGUUACUCAAUGCCUUCUGGGCUCCUGUGCACCAGAAGCUUCCCCUACAGAUAACAUCCCUGAUAACCAUAGUUACUGGAAGGCUUAGUUACAUCCCUAAAGCACCUUGGGACAGCUUGAUAGAAGUGGUUAUAGAAGAACAAAAUAUAAUUACAUUAGAACUAUCCCACGGUGAGGUCCUGUCUCACUUAUCUGAUGAUUCACCAAGCUUGUUCCCGACGGGAUGGAUGACAUGCUUUGGAAUUCCAAUAGCCACAGGUACAACCUGCUGCUGAUGAGGCUCCAUCAAAUGCCUGGCCAGGCAGCUGGCUACAUGUGGAGCCAGGGAAUCAGUGCUUCUUCAAGCUGUUUACCACUCUGCAGCAAUAACUGUAGGAAUACUGUAGGAUCAUAGAGAAAACAUCACAGGGAUGGGUUUUCAGGCAGGAAUAAUGCUGCACACCUUGGAGCUGUGUCCUGCAAGGCUGAGCCCAAUGAUUUCUCAGCCAUCAUUAUUGAGUGGCUUUGAUUUAUCUAAAGCAUCGACAACAACAAGCCGAGGAAACCACCAGAAGCCACACUAAGCAGCCUCUUUUUACCAACCUAUGCUAUGAUUGCUUCUUUUUGCAGCAAGGAGCUUGCAAAUCUCUCAAAGGUCACAUCCACAACCAGCUGGCUUCCUACACCCCCUGGAAAUAGUACACCCUCAGCACUUCACCUGGGAUGAGAAGGGCUGGUAAAUGGAGGAGAGCCAAUAACAGAAAGCUGCAGUACGAUCAGUACGAUUGGGGUGCUGCAUGGGUAGGCCUCUGGCUGUGGCCACAGUGAUGCUAUGUGACAGGGCACACGGUGUGUCCCAGCCCAGGGAGGGGCUGUGGGGCUGGAUUGCUGCAUGUCAUGCACACAGAGGGUGAUGGGAAAGCAAAGGCAGAGAAAAUGAGGCUGACACAGGCAGAAGGAUAAAGGGCUUAAAGCGGGGUUGGGGCUGCCUUUAGAGCAUGAAAGAGCACUGAUCAUCCUCCUGAUGAUCAAAGAGGGAAUUGCUGUAGCUGCACUGAGUGCAUAAGGAGAGAUCUUAGCUAUAUCCAACCCAGAGUGCUGAAUGCAAAGCAGCUAUGUGCAGCAGUACUGAACAUCACUAACCUCGAGCCCAGUUUACCAAAGUGCCUAUGCAGGUGACUCAGUGGGCAAGCCCUCCACGAACCUGACACACAGCCCUCCUGCUGCAUCCUGCCAGGCAGCCACACACCGUGACAGCAGCAAUACAAACAGAGGGGCACCACGAGGGGCUGCGACCCACCUGCUGUGCAGAACCCCUUGCAGAUCUGGGAGAGCCCCAUCUUAACCUGCUCGCCAUUUCUCAACCAUUUUUUAAGGGACUCCCAAAAUACCUCCCUGAAAAUCCAGUCUCACUUUUUUUUUUUUUUUUUUUUUUUUAAGGAACUGAGCCAAGAAAAUAAUUAUUUGCAACAAAUGAGAACUAAACCAAACCGGGAAGGUUUUCCCAUCCCUCCUUUCCCCAUCUGUUUCCUUAUCUGCAUGCGAAUUUAAAAUUGUUGGCUUGUUUCUCCGAGCCACAAACCAGUGCCCUUUGAACCACAAAGGCUUUGCACUCUGAACAGCAUUUCUCUGUGAUAAUUACUGCCAAAAGCUGCAAAGAAUGAAAUUCCUCCUUAUGCAUCCCUAGCAGUAUUAUUCCAAAAAAGUCUAUAGGAGCUGGAAGCAGAGUUAUACAGCGCACUGAAAACAAGAUGGCAUCGCAAAGAAUUAUUUUAAAAGGUCCAAUCUGGGAAAAAGACUAUCAGGACUCAGUGGGAAGAGGAAGGUGUUCCCCCGUAUAGAGGAGAUGACCGAAGCAACACCUCCUACCCAGUGCCGUCACCUCUUAUCAGGGCUUCCCAAGAGCUGGCUGCAGUGGAAGAGUGCUGGGAGGCAAUGGGUGACGCAUGGCUGUGGGCAGGACGGGCGGAGCAGGGAACUCACCUGCAGCCAGGAAGGUAUAAGAGGCUGCGGCGUGCGGCCGCGCGGCCACUGGUGUGGAGCUGCUCAAACAAACCCAAAGGGAGCCUAUGCUACAGGAGAAGGUGGGAGAUACAGAGCCUAGCUGGAGAGAAGACUCUUUGGGAUAGCAAGCAAGAGCCCAGAACAUGCUUUUCUCCUUCUACGCUGCUCUUUGAACAGGUAUUUAUAGCAUUUGACCUGCUGUUCGCCUCCUUGAUGUCUGCUCCAAGGCACAGCUACUUUGGGAACGGUGCUGUAGAGCUGGCACUGAGCUGCAGGGACUCUCAGGUCUGGUUUUAUGGGGUGGGAAGAAGCUUUCUAGAAGUCGUCGGGAAGCAAAAAGUACUUUACUCGGUGGAUUUGAGGGAAGCAAAAAGUACUUAUCUUAGUAGAUUUGAGGCUGGGUGGACGCCUGCCAGUGGGAUGGCUGAGCUCAGUUAUGGAACGGUUUAGUUGUGGUGCUCCAAAGUUCUGGUUGGCAGUGGUGGAAACAGCUGCACGGGCUGAGGAAGAGUGCUGUGACCACAGAGGUCUGAAUUGUUUAUGUUAAAAUAACCACACGUAGUGAGAGAAAUUUGCUACCAAAACAAAAGCAAGGUUGGGCAGUGCAGCGGUAGCAUCCAGGAGAAAUUUGAUGCUGGCUUCCCCACGAAGCAAACCCAACAAGCAUCACUAUCACCUCGAGCAAAAGGGAAGAUGGGGGCACAAAAGCUUGUAUGGUCAUCUAAAAGUACCCAUUGCAAACAAACUUCCUCAAGUUUAUUCUCAAGACCCUGCUGCUCUGCUAUGGCUGUCUUAGAAAGAAGUACCAAGGGAGCAUCUGCCAGCCUCAGUCAGUCUGUUGUUCUGUGAUCUUUUUUAGAUAGGUUAUGGAACAGACAUUUGUGGAAGUGUAGGGGAGGGCAUCUGCAAAACAGAGGAUUUGGUAAAAGCAAAAAGAGAAAAAAAAAAAACCACCAAAAAACACCAAAAAGAAAACAACAGAGUGAGGGCUUUCCUGUGUCUUUGUGCCAGCCGGAUUUGGAUCUGUAGUUCUGUAAUUCAUCAGCAUCUGCCAGAUAGUGCUAAAAUAUGCAGGCUGAGCUGCAGCCAGGGAAAGAGACAGACAACAAAUAUUACAACUUGCUGAAAAGCUCAGAUAAAAAAGUGCAGACUAAAGAUUAACUCGAGGAGAGGCUCCGGUGAGCAUGAGAGAAGCAAUAAAGGAAGUAUUUAAGCCAACACUUUGCAUCGACGGCAAAGUUUCCUCCCAUAGGUGCAGCCCGGGAGCUUAAGAUUGCUUUUGGUUAUGGCAAUCAAAAGCUAACCAUGAUGGGAGAUUAUGUUCAUGCAUCAUGGAGAUAUUUCUGUGCAACGUUAGGAAUAGGCAGAUCUUUCCCAUCCCUUACAUCAGCCUUCUUGCUAAGACACAGAGUCUGCAGCCCGCGUUGCUGAGCCACUGCAGGACACAGACUGCAGGCCUAUAAUUACCAUUUCUGACUUGUCACUGGUAAAUCUCCCAGCACAAAGAAUCAAGCCCAGCCAGUUCAGUGAUACGCCCUCAAAAAAUGUUCCCCAGGCACACAGCAGUGUGGCCGAUGCUGAGAACUUCCUCCAGCCAAACACUUGCUUUCAGGGAUAAGCACUCUGUAUCUAGAAAGCCAUACACCUGGUAUCAGAAUGUGCUCAGAGCUGCGUUUCCAGCUCCAGAUAACUGGAAUUCAAGGUAAUACCCAGAUUGCUGGAAGGCUGGAGGAACUCGGUUGUAAAUCAAUUUGCUGGAGCUGCCGUAUCAGCCGCUCAGCUCAGGGCUCUGCUUGCACACAGAGAGAAAGCAGAAAGCAGAUGGCAGCACACAGCAAGGCUUGGGCUGCGCUGGCGCUCCUCCAGUGCUGAGAAUAGGGAAGAGCUGCACUUUCCUGGGGAAAGCAGAGCAAUAAGGAAACACUGGCGAAUUCCCCCUUGUUCUGGCACAAAAGCCAUUUCCUCCAACAAUUCGUUUCUUGCUGUGUCACGGUGACAAGAUAGAACAAACGUAGUGAGAUAACAGUGUUUCCUCACUCCCUCGGUCCCGCUGCCGCAUGGAAGCAUUCAGAUCCCAUUGUGCACCCACAGCCCCAUUGGUGCCACCUGGCAGCCCCAGUGCACAGAGCACCCCGAAGAGCUUCACCCUGCUGCUGCUCCACCACUGAACACUGUUAUCUGUCUCUUAGGCCUCACCAUAGUAUCUGAGUACCUCCCAGCCCAAUAGGCUGCUAUAGGGAGGUCCCUGCUUGACCCCAUGGAAUCCUCUGCUCUGCUCCCUGCUCAGGUAUUGGGCAGCACCACCCAGGAGUCUCCCAGGGCUCUAUUCAUCUCCUCGAGCUCCGUCAUGUCGUGCUUCACCCAGCUAUGGCACUCCAGCACACCGGACUCUCCCACCAGCCCGGUCCCUGCAUCUCCACAUGAAAUCCCCAUUCCCAUCAGCCCUAUUGUUAUCACCUCCCCGGUGGACAGCAAGAGGAAAGCAAGGUCCCCGACCGACAAACCAGGCUCUCCAAACCCAACAUCCCCAAAGCCAGCCUCCCCCGUUGAAUGCUCCAUCUGCUUCAACACAUACGACAACACCUUUAAGACCCCCAAACUGCUCCAAUGCUCGCAUGUUUUCUGCCUGGAGUGCGUGGCCCGCCUGAGCAAAGGGCUGCCCCCCAACCACCCCGAGGACCAGCUCCCCUGCCCCUUCUGCAGGCAGUUGACCAGCAUCCCGCUGGAAGGUGCCCCAGCCCUGGAGACCAGCAAGGAGCUGCUGGCCACUCUGCCCCCCGAGCUCCAGCAGGAGAAAGUGCUCUGGAUGGAAGGCACCAAGCUGUGCUGCCGGCAGGCCUCUGAUGACCCCGAGAACCCAGACUCGUGCAUCUCCAUCGACGUUGCCAUGAGCAAACCCGAAAGCCCAGAGGUCCCUCCGACGGGGCUGGCAGGGAGGCUGUCCCGCUGUGACAUGUGUGACGACUGGAAGCGCAUCGUCCUGCUCUCUGCUCUCAUCAUCAUCCUCUUCUGCAUUAUCCUAUGGCCGGUGCAAUGCGCGCUGAAGACAGGGAACCUCCGCUGCUUCACGAGGACUGUUGCAAUGAGCAGGCCAGAAUAUCUCCCCUCGAAACACACCACAGCAGCCACGCCUGUGACACAGCUCCCAUUCCUGUAGCACGAGGCAUAAGAUGGCACACCCCCCAGGAGCAUCCCUCGGUGUGCUUGCAGACCCCACGCUCCCCACUCCCGUUCUGUGCCCACACUCGGAUGCACGCACUCACCUCCAGCAGCCCACAAAUGCUCCCUCAUGAGGAGCUGCCUCAGUUUCCUGCUGCCAAACUCCACGGAAACCUGAGCCUUCAAAGCUGCUGCAAAGGUGUGAUGGGUGACAGAUGAGCUUCUAGGACUGUUUGCCCACAGGCUGAUACCAGGUGACAGUGGGUGUAGCUCCUUCCAGCUCCUUUGGGGAAUAAAGGGCUAUCUUCAUGGUUAUUUCUAAGAGGAGCUGGGCUUGGAAGGGUAAGGACAUGUCGAAGCUGCAGAAGCAGAUGAAAAUUAACCUUAUUCCACAUGCUCAAAACAUUUCCGUUGUGGAUUCAGCACACGAGGUGUGAAAUGCUGCCUCCUGCUGACAACACAUCGAUCCAUCCCUGCUCCUCACCUGAGCUGAGCACUGCUGAAUUUCCAACAGAAAAUAAAAGCCAUCCUAUUGCCGUUUUGUUUUUCUCUCUAAGAAAGUGCUUAAAAAAGAGUAAUCACUCAUCCUUAACCUGGAAAGGAGAGCAAACUCGCCCUGAGCACAGCAUCACACUGUCCUCCGUGAGCUUCCUUCCCACUGCUCCCCGGCCAACUGCUGCUGAAGUGG